GCUGCUGGCGUCUAGAGAGAGGAAGCGACGAGAGGCAGCCAUUGGUUCCCUCGUCAUCACGUGACGCAACCGAAAUGGUCAGAUUUCGUUAUCAAUCGAGGAAAAUGCGCCCCGAAAUGCUCGUGGAAGGAGAGUUGUACGUCUGUGCUAGGCUUGGAGGAAAACCCACUCUAGGCCACACUGUCACCAGGUAACGCGGUGGUGCCACAACCGUGGGGCGCCCGCGGGUCGACUCCACGUGCAAAACCCAGGAACAUAAGAGAAGCAAAAAUACACAUUUUUUUUCUUUUGUGCUUAGGAUGGAAGGUAGUACAGCCAUGGAGAGCGGUUUUAUCAACAGUCAACCGUCCAUGGCUGAGUUCAUGACAUCCCUGCCUCAUAUCAAUGAAACAUUUCAUCGUGGCGGAGGAUCAUCAAUCAACGGCGGAGGGGCAACGGCCCCCGCACCGCCGCCGCAAUCGCUUUGCCCCCCGACACAACAGCAACAGUCGGGCGGUGGGGCGGCCGCUGAAUCACCAGGAGCUGAGAAGCACGCGGUAUCAACACAACCUACAGCCGGUGGACCUAACGGCUACUCCGGCGUAUCCGUACCGGAAUACCCGUGGAUGAAAGAAAAGAAAACAACGAGAAAACAGCAACAAGAGACAACUGAUAAUGGGAUGCCACGGCGUCUACGCACAGCCUAUACCAACACCCAACUACUUGAACUGGAAAAAGAAUUCCACUUCAACAAGUACCUCUGCCGACCACGAAGGAUCGAGAUCGCUGCCUCUUUAGAUCUCACAGAACGCCAAGUCAAAGUAUGGUUCCAGAAUCGGCGGAUGAAACACAAGCGCCAGACCCUGGUGCCCAAAGGUGAAGACGACAAGGAUGGCAACGAUCGAAGCCUCGACAGUGGCAGUGAUAUCGCCACUGGUGGUGACAGCAAUGAACCUGAUCUGGAUAGCGAUCAUGGAAUGCCCUCCAGAACCCCUGAACAUUCGAGUGCGUCGAAGGAUGUUCUAAAUCUAGACAGCGACGCUGGUGAGUCGUGCUGUGCACCAUCACCAGCAAAAUCAGACGCCGUGCAACAAGACAGCACCGAACAAUCUUUGGUGUCUUUAAAAUCUCCAUCUGUCCAUGUUCCAACUUUGUUAUCGCCCUCCACGCUUAGCUUGGAAAGGCGGUCCACCCCUAAUAAGUGCGAUGUUAGCAGCUUACCUACGGAAGAAGGCAGGCUAACUGUAAAUACUAUCAAUAAUAUAUCCAUAAAUCAUAGUACUGUAUGUGAUAGCGCUUCUCUACAGACUACAGCUUCCAGAGUACUUUGUAGUUUCAAUAGCAAUAAUGCGGAGAAUGCAUCUAAAUUAAAUGUGCAAUGCAAUAUCGAAUCAAGGGUGCUUUCAAAUCCUAUUGUUUGUGCUACAACUACACCUGUAUUACAUACAAAACCUUCGAGUGUUCCUUAUUCUACUUUGUCUCAAGAAAAUCGUUCCAACAAUCAAGUAACGCCCUCUUCUGUUAACCAAAGGCCUAGGGUUUACCCUGGGCCCUAUCCUCCAGAUCCGGGCAUCGGAGUUUACACUCCUCAAAGACCACCUGCAACAUCACCACCAAAUGGACCAACAUUUUGCAGCAGACCCCCUAUACCGAACCACCAAUCACAGCAAAACCAACAGCCCAUUGACAGAUCUUCCUACAACAGCCAUUUACAGCAACAAUCUUUCAAAGCACAGCAUCCAAGCAACAGUAUGCCUUACUAUCCAACAUCCGGACAGACAAACAUGCAACAAUCACCGAACGCAUCUCAUCUUCCUAACUCAUGCAACACACAUCCAACGGACAUUUACAGCACUCAGCAACGUGCAACAACACAAUUGCAAGAUCCGUCUGUAAUGCAGCAGCAGCAUUAUCAACAGCGAAACUCCAUUCCACAGCACCACCAAAACAGUUACGGUUAUAGCGCAGAUCAAAGUAAUCACUAUCCUGUAACUGAAUAUGGCCACACCAGAAGAUACGAGAACUACCAUCCUCAGUCACAGGGAAUGGGCAUGAACAGUGAUUACAUGAAUGGACCCGCAAUAAACAAUCAAAUCGUCAAUAAUGGCAAUGGUUACUGUUAUAAUAAUUCUUACCAAACUGAAGGUUAUAGUGAGAAUAAUGUCAUGAUGGCGCAACAGGCUGACGUUCAUGGCAUGUUUUAUGACAUGAACAGUGCAAACACAGAUGACACUAGUAGCACUUACUUCUCCCCCCAGCCUCCAAAGACAAAUAUGUCUCAGGAUUCCGGUUAUUACGAACUCCAGAACUCUGUUCAGGAAGGGGCAACCAUUCCAGACUUUGUCGAGACGCAAGACCGUUAUAACAACCAUACAGACGAUUUUAAUUAUAAUUGUUUUAGCGAAUCUGACUGUUAUUCAUCAAGUGCAACUUGUGGUACUAACGAUUUCAAUUUUUUAAAUAUAGCAAAUGACUACAGCAAUCCUGAAUAUUAUCAAUUAAGCUGAUAAAAAUAUAUUGAAAAUUCCAUAUAUAAGCUGUAUUUAGAUAUCGUUUAUUAAAAUUUUGUUGAUACAUUAAGUGAGCGAAGAAAACUAAAAGAAAAAUUCUAUUUUUUAAAUCGUGGCUCCCCAGCAACAUAUAGAACGUUAAGGAAAAAUGUUUGGAUUUCUAUUUUCGCAUUUAAUGCUAUUUCUUAAAGUUCUUUCUUCAGGUUUAAUAACACUUCUCAGUGAGUACUAAACAUCGUCUGUUUGUAAUUUUCGAAUUCGUAACAGUUACUCAUAGCUGUUAGGUUUUGUCCAUCUCUAAUUAGCACCCUUUAUGCUGAUUACAAAAAUGGCUUUUUUUUCUUCUUUUUUUUUAUAGUUAAAAGUGUCUCAUAUUUAAUCCUUUAGCAGUUGUUAAGUUACUCUAGUACUGCACUAAAUAGUGCAUAAAAAUGCGCACAAAUAUUAUUCAUUGUUUGCAAUUUUUAUUCAUCUAUGAACUGAAAUAUCCAUUAUUUAGAUUCAUAACAAUAUACAAAAAAAAUUUUAAUUGUUCGUUGCUUUUAAUUUUUCAUUUAUCUUAAAAAUGCCAAAAAAAAA